AUGUCUGAUUCGGAUAACUUAUCUGAUAGAGCUCAAGAAUUUAUUCAAGAAAUUAUAUUCGAUGAUUCGUUGGAGCAACGUCACUAUGAGCUUUAUGAGCAAAGUUAUGGUGGAUUAUCAUCGAAGCCACGAAGAAUGAUACAUAGAGAUCGUGAAGCUGGCGCCGAACGUCUAGAGGGAAUAUUUUGCACAAAAUCUCGUGGAAGAAAAGGUAUUUCACCAAUACAGAAAUGUACUGCCGCCAUACGUAUGUUGGCGUAUGGAGUAUCUGCCGACGUCGUUGAUGACUAUGUGUGUAUUGACGAGUCAACUACGGUUGAAUGUUUGAAAAGAUCUUUCACGAAUGUUAUUGUGAUACUUGAGGGUGAAUACUUACGAAAACCAAACUCGAACGAUAUACAUCGUCUACUCGAAAUGGGAGACGCUCGUGGUUUUCCGGGUAUGAUGGGCAGUAUUGAUUACAUGCAUUGGCAAUGGAAAAAUUGUCCAAAAGCAUGGAAAGCGAUGUUCAUGAACGGUAACAAAGGAGUUCCAACACUUUUACUUCAAGCGGUUGCCUCGUCUGACUUAUGGAUUUGGCAUGCCUUCUCCAGAGUUGUUGGUUCUGACAAUGAUAUCAAUGUGUUAGAUUGGUCACCGAUAUUUGAUGAUAUUUUAGAAGGACGUGCUCCAUAG